AUGGCAACACCGUCCCUCGUCGACAUCGCUACCGAGAUCCUGGAAGCAGCCAAAGCACUCCAGCACGGGCUCGAUGAGAAAUCCCUCUCUCAGCCGUCGUUUGAGGCCACGGGCCCAAGAGACUACCACGACGCCGCGGCGUAUCCCGAGAUCGUCAGGGCUCGAGCUCGACUCCUCGACGCAAGCCAGUCAAUCUUCGCUCUUGCUCGCGGGCCGACCGAGACGCUUCGAGCGCUGGUCAGCACCGAUCGAACAAAUCUCGUGGUGCUAGGAGCGAUCGAUCAACUCAAGCUCGCUGAGGCAGUGCCCCUUGACGCGCCCAUCGCCGUCGAGACGUUGGCAUCAAAGCUUCAGCUCCAUCGCGCGCCUUUGCAGCGGAUCCUCUGGUAUGCCUAUAGCUUGCACAUGUUCUACGAACCGAAGCCCGGAUACGUUGCCCACACAGCGCUGUCUGCCGCCAUCCCGUCCUUCUCGCCAUACAUCCAACUUACGCUCUCCCUCCCUGUGAUGUUAGGUGGUAUGAAAGUGGGGGACAGUCUUCGAGUUGAUUCAGGCGAGAGCGAAGCCAGCAGGCCCGAAAUCCCUGUUCACUUGGCUUUCCCACAGCACAAGGACUAUUGGCACACAAUUCAACAGGAGCCAGACGGGAUGGCCAAGUUCAGCGCCGCAAUGAGGGUUGUCGGGCAGGCCAUCGUGGGUCCCAAGUACACACAGUACACGCAAGGCUUUGACUGGGCGGGCCUGGGCGAGGCGGUGGUCGUGGACAUGGGCGGCGGCAACGGCCACAUCAGUGUUCCCAUUGCGCGGGCGCAUCCGAAUCUCGAAAUAAUCGUUCAGGACCUCGAGACCAACGCGGAGCCAGCUAAAGCGGCAAUACCAGACGAGCUUCGAGGCCGGGUGACGUUCCAAGCCCAAGAUUUCUUCCAGCCCCAGCCGGCGGGAUUGGUCCGGUCGCCGCCGACGGUGUACCUCCUCAGCAGAGUCCUGCACGACUGGCCAGACGGCGACUGCGUGAGGAUCCUCCAGAACUUGGUCCCGGUCAUGGCCAAGGGGAAGACGAAACUGUUCGUUGUCGACCGGGUCCUGCCCGACAAACCCGGUGAGAUCCCGGUGCACCAGGAGGCCCUGAUGCGGAGCUUGGAUCUCCUCAUGUACAAUCUCGUGGGCGGCAAGGAACGGAGCUUGCAGGAAUGGAAGGCCUUGUUCAAGGAGGCCGAUGCGAGAUUGAAGAUUGCGAGGGUGGAGAUCCCGCUCAACUCGGAUCUGGGGAUGUUGGAGGUCGAGCUGGAAUAA